UACAUAUUCCUUUUAUUAUUAUGACGCCGACAAAAACAAACAAUCCAAAAACCACCCGUGAAGCUAAAGGGUAUAGUGCCAACAAACAAAGACAACUACCCACAAAGACAGGUGGGAAAAGGGCUACCUAAGUAGGGUUCCCAAUCAGAGACAACGAUAGGCAGCUGUCCCUGAUUGAGAACCAUACCCGGACAAAACAAAGAAAUACAAAACAUAGAAAAAUGAACAUAGAAUGCCCACCCAAAUCACACCCUGACCAAACCAAAAUAGAGACAUAAAAAGCUCUAUGGUCACGGCGUGUUUGAAGUGAUGAUUGUUGAGUGCUUCAAAGGGUAUUGAUGAUGGACCAGUGCACAUUUAACUUUAUUUUUUAUUUAAUCUUUAUUUAACUAGGCAAGUCAGUUAAGAACAAAUGCUUAUUUACAAAUGCUUAUUUACAAUGGCGGCCGACCCCGGCCAAACCGGACGAUGCUGGGCCAAUUGUGCGCCGCCCUAUGGGACUCCCAAUCACGACCGGAUAUGAUUCAGCCUGGAUUCAAACCAGGGACUGUAGUGCCGCCUCUUGCACUGAGAUGCAGUGCCUUAGACCAUGGCACCACUCGAGAGCCCACACUAAUCACAAGGGCACUAAAUCACAUUCAUUUAUAGGUGUAACUGAUUGAGAGUUGUUGAAAUGUCUCUGCUUAAUAUACUUUUCUUUUACCAUAAAUAUUGCAAAAUAUAAAAUAGGGCAAGGCUACUUAUAGUUGUCACUUAAAAAUAUCCAGUAGACUUUCUUUUCAAUAAGUUUCCCUUAUACAGGUCUGUGUAUUUAGCCUGUAUGGCAUUAUAACAGUAGGCAGUGCAAUUCCAAUGUUAUUAUAUUGUCAGUUCAUUAUCUCAAUUGUAUGUAUAUUUGGGAACCCUUAAGUGUAAGUUGCAAAAAAAAGUAUAUUGUAAUUAUUGUAAAUCGUAUUAGGGACAGUGCUAUAGCCUAUUGCAAAGUGGGAUCUAAUUUAAUGAACUUUCAGGAAGGAUAACAAUUUCCCAGUGAUUCAGCACCAGGUGCACAGAAAUUCCUGUAAGCAAGUUGAACAGCUGGACCAAAGAGUAAUCAGGAUAAAUUAUUAUAGUCAAUACUACUUUCUCCUACACCUUAAAUAUACAAAAUAUGCAACUAUUUACGAAUGCCUUCCAAGCCCGCCACAACAUUGUUGGCAUUCUUCUAUUCACAACUCUCUCAGCAACAGCGUCCACUUCCUUAGCUCUUUGUUUGGUUGAGCUAGCGAAGGGGGAGGCUACAGAGGCGAUAAAAGAGGCCGAAAAUCCAUUACGCCCCCAAGCGAAACAUUGAAAACCUCCUCACCUUCUGUGUUCAGUACGCCACAUGUGCGACUGGCUGCGUACUGGUCAACGUUUUUAAGAGUCAAUUUAUGCUUGAUCCGAAAAUGUGUUCGGAUGCGCCGUAUGGAUGGUGUGACGCACUUGCGGAGGCCAAUUUGAGCUCUGUUCCGCAUCACGGUGUGCCUCUCAUAUUGUGUAACAAUGUGUAGGGCUCCGUAUAGCUCCGUAUUUACAUGAUUGGUGGACGGUAUCACUUACCGGGAGGUCCUGUAUAAACACAAACUCACUUCCUUGACAUCUCUGCGCUGCUCCGCGAAGCGCAAGAACCAUGAAUGCCAUGACUUCUGUAGAGGCUAUCACCGUACCGUAAACGCUGCACGACCAAUGCAGACUAUAGGUUGACCAUACAGCGCCUUUAAUAGUCGUGGACGGGGAUCGAAGCUGCAUGAUUGAAUGCGAGUUGCUGAUGCUGCGUUGCACAACAAAACCGCAAACAAGAAGGGAGACCGAGGACUUGGCAUAUAGUUACGUUGUUGUUUCUGUUUGCUAUGAGAAAACAAUCUCAUUUUGUUCCUGAAAGUCGCAUUUUGAAAUUAAACCGGCAUCUCAGUCGCAUGAAAUAGCCAAAUGCGGCUCGCAUCCUAUCACACUCUCCCUUUCAGCUCCAGCUCAGCAUCCAUAUUUUUUGUGCAUCCCUGUGUUGGUGUAUAGGGAGUGGCAACCUUCUGAUAAAUCAACCGAUCAGCGCACCCCUCUCCUCUAGGAAAAACAAAUACGUCUAUGCGUAAAUUGUACAUUUAAAGCUAAAAUGGAGAGAGAUUGCCACCAUUCCGAUUCCUAGUGCCUCGAACCGAAAGCCUUGAUAGGGACUUUCUCAUCCCUGCACAUCUCCCCUGUACAUGAUGAACAUGCUGAAGUCCAGUGGACUGAAGAUCCCUGGCAGGGGCCCAAAGCACUCCCCUGGCCCCGUGGGACGAACCUCUGCUGGGGGAUCUGCUUCCGGCACUGUGGGCCAUAAAGACAACUCCCCACACAAGCAGACCUCCCCACUCCCCAGCAGCAAUGCCUCGGAGAAGUCGUGCUCCAAAACAUCCGAGGUGGGGGACGAUGUCCUGGGGGACUACGUAGUUGGCGAACGUGUCUGGGUCAACGGGGUCAAACCGGGCGUCAUCGCCUACCUGGGCGAGACCCAGUUCGCCCCGGGACAGUGGGCUGGGGUGGUCCUCAACGACCUGUUGGGCAAAAAUGACGGCUCUGUGGGCGGCGUGCGCUACUUUGAGUGCCAGCCACACCAGGGCAUCUUCACACGCCCCUCCAAGCUCACCAGGCAACCGGUGGGCGAAGGGAGCGAAGGCCACUCUGCUGAUUCCCUGACGGCUCAGAACCUGACGCUCCAUGGCGUCAACGGGGCUUCGCCCGCUGGUCAGCGCGUGGUUAUGCCACUCAGGGAAGGCAUGCUCAACAGUUCAGUGAAGACGGGUAACGAGUCAGGUUCCAACAUGUCCGACAGCGGCUCGGUCAAGAAAGGCGGGGAUAAGGACCUUCGAGUGGGAGACCGCGUGCUGGUGGGGGGCACUAAGACAGGAGUGGUGCGCUACGUGGGGGAGACUGACUUUGCCAAGGGUGAGUGGUGCGGCGUGGAGUUGGACGAGCCCCUGGGGAAGAAUGACGGUGCAGUGGCUGGAACCAGGUACUUCCAGUGUCCGCCCAGGUUUGGACUGUUCGCACCCAUCCACAAGGUGAUCCGUAUCGGUUUCCCCUCCACCAGCCCGGCCAAGGCCAAGAAGAGCAAGCGCAUGGCCAUGGGGGUGUCAUCCUUGGCCCACAGCCCCAGCAGCUCGUCCAUCAGCUCUGUUAGCUCUGUGGCUUCCUCAGUGGGCGGGCGGCCCAGUCGAACUGGCCUGGUGAGAGAUACACAUGCAUGCAUGGACAUAAACCAACCAAUGUAUUUUCAUGACUAUAACUGCCAGUCUAAUGGGGUGGUAUCAUUCAUGUAAAGUGCCUUCAGAAAGUAGUCAUACCCCUUGACUUUA